CACUAAUGAUAAAUGAAGGUUUACGACAGUGAAGUCUUUAUUCCUGUAAUUAUAAGUAUAUAUCUACAGCAGCUAUUAACAAACAUCGAGAGUUGUCCCAUUUUUCGGAGAUACUUAUUUUUUUCGUUGCAACAAGAUCUGGACUACAGAUUGCAAAAAAGCAUAAUGUAUUACACAGUAGAAAUUACAUGCAACCAGUGGCCUCGAAAGUAUGUGCAAUUUUUAUAGAGAUCGAUUGGAAGGCCGAAAUCCUACUCCUAAGUUGGAGACACUGAAUGUAACAGCACUUGACUUUACAUGACUACACAUCUCGUUGAUUAACUCUAAGACGAAGCUUCAUGGAUAACAUGUCUGUAUCUGAUGAACGUGAACCUAAGAUGGCACAUACAGGGCCAUCCAAGACACAAAAAAUUAUUAAGACUGUCUUCCUAGUCUCUAUAUGGAUAUGCAUCGGACUCUGUAUUGAAAUUGCCGGACCAACACUGAAAGACCUGAAGCUCCGGGUUGACCUUGACUAUGAGGAAGUAUCAAGAGCUGUUUCCGGUCGAAGUGGUGGAUACUUUAUAGGAAGUGCAAUGGGGGGCUUGUUUGUCGACAAACUUGACCCCUACUGCGAUCUGAUGCUAGCGACCAGCCUUGACCUGAUGGGUACAGCAACUAUUGUUCUCCCAUUUUCUCAAAGUAUCGGUCUCAUGUGGUUUCUAUUUGUAAUGCAGGGAACAUUCGAAGGAAUACUUAACAUUGUUGGACAAAAGCUUGUUCUAGAAAUUUGGCGGGAAAAGGCAUCCUCUCCUCUUUUUGUUUUACACUUAGGGUUUGGGAUCGGAUCCUUCAUCGUUCCACAGAUAGCAAAUCCGUUCUUAGCAGUUCCUAGGACAUCAACAGCACAAAAUUCUUCCAAUGUAUCAACCGUUCUUUUAUCUACACAGACAUAUAUCAAUGACUCUCUCUUAAAAGAAUAUCUAAAGGAGUCCAGAAUAGAGUGGGCAUAUUUGAUUGUUGCUAUAAUUACUAUAGGGUUGUCAGUUGUGUUUUAUUAUUACCAAUUUUGUGGGCAAUGGUCAAGGAAUACAAAAGUCAUUUAUUCAAAGAUGAAUUCGUUUACCCCACCAACGAUUCGUGACAUCAUUGACCCUGCAACCUGUGCAAAUGGAAAUCGCCUCUUUGGCGUCCAUAUUUUAGGACUUCUUUUCCUUUUCUUUUUCAAUGCUGUUGGAGGUGAGCGUGUUUAUGGAAAAUUCAUCCGCAGUUUUGCUAUUGAUUACAACAAGUUCGACGGUAAUGAGGCAUCUCUGAUAAAUAGUUCUUUUUGGAUUAGUUUUGCUCUUGGGCGUUUCGCUGGAUUCAUUGCUGCACGAUGGAUUCCAAUUCGAAUUAUCAUUCUAAUAGAAGGAACGGGAGCCUUAGUAUCAGCGAUAUUGCUGAACAUCUUUGCUGAUGACAGCUCCAUUAUGCUCUGGAUUUUAACACAACCGAUGGCCUUUUUUAUUGCUCCUUGCUUUCCGUCCGGUGUAGGGUGGGGCGAUUUUCACAUUCAUUUGUCUGGACUUGGAAUAACUUUUCUCCUUUUAGGAGGAGCGUUAGGUGGUGUUUGCUACAUGUGGAUCAUUGGAUAUUUCUACAAGAACAACGGCCCUCUUUCUUUCUUUUAUGUUAUGCAGGCCUAUGGAAUUUCAAUGUUUGUUUUAGUAUUCAUAAUGCACUUCUCCACUUGGGGAAAGGGGCAUCGUUUUCAAGACGAAGUAAAAGGAGUGGUAGAGACUGUGGAAAUGGAGGAAGAAAAACCAAGUGUUAAAGAAGCAUUUAAUGAAAAAAAGCAGAAAGAUGUUUACAAUCUAUAGAGUCAAAGGAUUGACACCUAAUAUGGUCAAUGAGUUUGAAUAAAAAUUAAUGAAAACAAAAUAUAUCCUUUGAAGAAUUUUGUUGUAAUAUUUAAGAAUAAGCCAACUCGCAUAUUUUUAGUGGCCCCUGUUUAAUCUGCUCCCUGAUUUGUAUUGUUUUAGUGAAAUACUGUGUUACUGCUUUAUAUUCAUAUUACCCGGUACACAAGUUGAAUUGUAUGUUCUAUUUUAAAGUGUGCUUACACUUUCAUAAACAUGUACUUGUUUGCACUAGUUUGUUUUCUUUGUAAAUCGAACUUUCAUUUGAUUAAAAAGGAAAAAUAUACCCU